AAAGCUGAUAGUCCUAGCAAGUUCUAUUUUAUUUCAGGAUUAUCCACGAAAAAAUAAAAUUCAACGUCUUGCACUUUUCAACGCAAUGAAAGCGAGUGUUCAUCCCGACACGAUUGACUGGCACGAGCUGGGAUAAUGGAGGCCCAAACAACUCCCAGAUCUGCAGCCGAAGAGCCGACAACGGCAUCAAUCGAUGAACUAGAGGAAGACGACGCCGAUUCGGGGCUCGCUGAUGAUGACGAAGGGCGCUCCACGUUAUCGUUGGAUGAAGACACGAUCAAUUACCAAGUGCUUCGUGGUAGAACAUACCAUAAUAGCUACUCUGAGUCCACGACAGUCUACUGGGGCGCCAACGACAAGCCUCAGAGCAAAGCAAUGAACUCUUACAACGACACGUACAGGGAUUUUACAGGACGGAUGCAACGUGCAGAGUUGGCACCUGAUAUCCAACGAGUGCUGGACAUUGGAACUGGAACGGGAAGCUGGGCCGUGCAAUUUGGCGAAUGUUUUCCAAGUGCUACGGUCAUCGGUACGGAUUUGUCGCCAAUCCAGCCCGGUAUGGUUCCCCCAAACGUGUUUUUCGAAGUCGUCGAUUGUGGGGAGAAAUUGCCGUACAAGGAUAACCGCUUUGACUAUGUACACAUGAGGUUUCUAAGCGGCUCCAUUCGCAAUUGGGAUUCCUUGGUUGCAGAAAUCUUACGAGUCCUCAAGCCUGGUGGUAUUUUCGAAAGCUCUGAGCCAUCUCCGGUCAUUGAAACCGAUCAUGGUAGGUCCGACGAGAAUAGCGCGUGUCAACAAUUGGUUCGUAUCCUCGAUGAGUACGGUAAGAUGGUGGACCAGACCUUUGCAGUAGUACGCAAUGGGCUACAGGAAGACUGCAUGGUGAAGGCUGGAUUCACUGAUAUACAAGUGAAAACAUUCAAGUUUCCGCUUGGUCAAUGGCAGCCGGACGAAAAUGGUAAGGAAACCAGACCGUGGGCGCAAGGGAUGAUGGACGAUCUGGAAGGCUUCAUUCUACGCCCGGCUACAUCAAUUGGCUGGUCCUGGAACGAAGUUCAGGUCUUUCUCGCUCUUUUACGAAAGGAGAUCAUGUCCGGGAAAAUGAAUCUGUGGUGUCUGCAUAAGGAUGUUUGGGGCCGUAAGCCGCACCCUACUUUGGAGACUUAGCCAGUACGUCACAGCGCACAUGUAGUGGUACGGCAAAAGGCGGGUUUUCACAACGUCGUCAACAUCAAUGUAGAAAACAGGGUCACUAGAAUUGGC